GGAAGCCUUGAAAGUGAGUUCCUGCUGAAGAACCCCAGGAGAAAUGAACAGAGGCCAAGCAGGAAAACUCCUCCCCCAGUCAAACAAGAGGGUGGGACUCACCUUGCUCCAAGAUACCAUCAGGCUGAAACUGCAGCUCGUGGAGUUUAAUGAUUUAUUCCCGAGGCAGCAAUGGCCGCGCUCAGGAUCCUCGCCUCUCUCCUCGUUGGCCUCUGCGCUUACUAUUUCUAUAGCCAGGAAACCUUCUCUGAAGAAACGGUGCGAGGGAAGCGUGUCCUGGUGACGGGGUCAAGCACAGGGAUCGGGGAGCAAAUCGCCUACGAGUAUGCGCGGAUGGGGGCUCACGUGAUGGUGACGGCCAGGAGGGAGAAAAGGCUCCAGGAGGUGGUCCAGAAGUGCCUCCAGCUGGGGGCCAGCUCAGCUUGGUACAUCACCGCGGACAUGCAUAACCUCACUUCGGCCACGAGGGUCAUCGAGGAAACGGAGAACAAACUGGGCGGCCUUGACUACCUGGUCCUGAACCACGUCGGAGGGUCUAUCCACUUUGGUCCAUUCGAAGGAGACAUGGAAGCCGUCAUCAGCUCCAUGACCGUCAACUUCCUCAGCUACGUCCAGCUAACGGUUUCCGCCAUGAAGAUGCUGCAAGAGUCCCACGGGGGUAUCAUCGUCAUCUCUUCCCUGGCUGGUCGCAUUCCUUCCCCGUUCUCUGUCCCGUAUGCUGCAACCAAAUUCGCACUGGAGGGCUUUUACAGCAGUCUGCGUACCGAGCUGCGUCUUCGGAAGAUCCACCUGGAUGUCACAGUGGCUGUGUUGGGCUACAUUGACACUGACACUGCCGUGAAGGCCAUCGCAGACAAGGUCACCAUGACAGCAAGUCCCAAAGCAGACUGUGCCCGGGAGAUCGUGAAAGGUGGCGUGCUGCGGCAGCGAGAAGUUGUCUAUCCUUACUGGACUCUGAAACCUGUCUUGUUGUUCAAGGACUGGGUGCCAGGCCUCUUGGAAAGUGUAGUGGGCAAUUUCUACAAACUGGAGAAUAUCCUCUAGGAAGAGCUUGUAAAAAGACCCUGAGCUCCAACCACUGCUCUGUACUCUUCCCAGGCUGCACAGACAGCUGUUGCUCUCUUCUGGAGAGAGGCUUUACUGUGAGUUCAAAGUUGCCCCCCCCAAAAAAAAAACCGGUGCAAACAGUGGAUUUUUUUUUUUAACCCUGGAUAUCAAUCAGGCUACACUUUUAACGUGCGACGAAAAACCCGAAUUGUGUGUGAAACUGCUCCCUGAUAGCUCGCAGGGACUUCAGGCAGAGGCCUCCACACCCCCUGGGGGCGUGGGGGACGUUAAAAGGUGCCUCUUCGUCAAGUUGGCAGAGGACUAAAUGUUUUUAAUGUUUUAAAUGAAUUUAAUUAAUUGGUUUGGUGUGUGGAAUUAUUUUAAUUGUAAACCACCCAGAGACCCAAGCGCUGGGAGGUGUAGAGCUAUUUUAAAUAAAAUUAAAUUAAAGUA